UGUGGCGACGGCUGCGGGGACUGCAGCUUGGACGAUGAUUAAUUCGAGUUUCUAUUAAUAUGUUCGUAGUGCUACGAUAUGCGAUUUAAAAUCCUAUAAAUUGAAUGUGCCCAGAUACAGAUUCACUAGGAGCAUCCAUAUGCUCAUUGGAAAAAUUGUGGUCUAUUUAUAAAAAAUAAUAAAAUCGAGCUUAAUUUUGAAAUGCUAUCUAUUAGCUCAAUAUAAGGCAACCAAAAUUCAAAUUUUAAGCUCAAAAAGUAACGACUUCAGUAAGCUGCGACUGUACUCUUAAAAUUAAAAAAAAAUCUAUACCCAAUACAAUAUUUCUGAGAGCAGGGUGAUCAAAAUUCUUUAGCUGCUAUGCAAGGAACGAGGGCUCAAUCUAUUAUCGAAAUCAUCAAAAUUUGCCAUUUAUUUCCCAUAAGCUAUGGCCGGGUUGGAGCCUACAACUGUCCUAUCUGAAUACGAUAUUGAAUAUAUAGACAUUAACAUGACAACUGUGGCGUACCGUACAACCACUGGACACCCGGAUACUAACCUAGGGGUUUGGGGACUUUUGUUCAUAUUCGUCGUAAUUUUUCUCAUCAUUGCUGCAUGCUGUGCUUGUAUGGGUCUUCUCGUCCUUUUUGGUUGUAUGAAGUCCUUUCUGUGUUUUCGCUGUAGACGCCGAGGUGACGAGUUUAUAGGAAGGGAUCCCUGACUGUCGUUGAAAUUCUGUCAUUAAAACUAAAACUUGUGCAAAUAAAAUUAUAUGUUUUAUAUGAAUCGAA